AUGGCCGGUAAAACGUGGAUAACACUUGUAGUGACGGCACCGCCAGGAGCAGCCACCCCACCUCACACCCACAACAAUGCAGCUGUGAUCGCAACCAUGAUCAAAGGACACAUGUUGAAUCAGAUGGUACACCCAGAGCUUUCCAGUGGUACCGCAGAUACGAAGGACGGUUGUGCUACAGUUAAAGGCAAGCCUCAGCCUGGCCCGAAAGUCUAUGGACCUGGCGAGUCUUGGUACGAAAUGCCUGGCUGCCAUCAUGUCAGAUCCGAGAAUGUGGGCGAAGAGGAAGCACAGUUUGUUGCCAAUCUGGUCAUAGAUAGCUCCAGGCUGGAGGCUGCAGAGAAUCCUGUUGCUGGUAUAUUCAUAAUCGAUGCUGAGGAGGAGGAGAAGUUGAAAUUGAAGAAUAAUACUGCAUAG